AGUCAGCUGAAAGUCAAAAGAGCUGUGCAGCGUGACAAAAUGGGGUUAGCUUUUCCUUUGCUGGUGCUUUUUCUUGCAGUUAUCUGUUCCCUUUGUAUAUUAAUAUUUGUGGGAGUCAUUUAUUUUGAAUUAUCCAACUCAAAAAUCCCCCCAGGGGUAGCAUGCCCUGGGAAGCUUCGUGUAAUCCAUAUCAUGAUGAUCAGCAUUGCUAUUUUGGGGAAGAUAUUUCAGAACCUAGGAUUAUGCAACCCAGUUAACUUUACUCGUUAUGUGAGGGAGCAACUGAUGGUAGGGAAGCUGGGAGAGGACCCAAAACUCUUCAUCAAAGACCAGCAGUUUGAAAAUGUGCCUGUGAGAGUCUAUCAGCCGAGGUUGCCGUCUGCUGGUGGAAGGAAAGGAGUUAUGUUCUUCCAUGGAGGAGGCUGGAUGUUUGGAAGCAUCGAUACAUAUGAUAAAUUAUGUCGCUACAUCUCCAAAGAAACAGAAACCGUUGUUGUCUCAGUUGGUUACCGUUUGGCACCAGAGCACCGUUACCCUGCAGGAUACGAGGAUUGUCUCAAUGCUACAGUUCACUUCCUAAAAACAGCAAAGGAAUUUGGGGUUGACCCUUCUUCUGUUAUAAUAUCGGGUGACAGUGCAGGGGGUAAUCUUACCGCUGCAGUUUGUCAGUCUCUUGUGAACAAGACUGACCUUCCAAAGCCAUUGGCUCAGGUGCUAAUAUACCCAGCGGUUCAGAUGAUUGACUUUGAUUUGCCUUCAUAUCAACAGAACCGGGCUGUUCCAGUUCUGUACAGAGAACGUGCUGCCUUCUAUAUGUUGAAUUAUAUAAGUGACGAUCUGUCCAGCCUUGAAGAGAUGUUGGAUGGCGACCACAUUCCCGUUGAAACAAAGAUGAAGUACAGGAAGUGGUUAAGUGCCGAAAAUAUUCCAGAUGAAUUUAAAGUCCGAGGCUUCAAACCCCGAGUCAUGUCCUCGCAAGCUGAAGAAGUUAUUGAAGAAGUCAAAUCUGCUCUGGAGACAGCAUGUUCCCCAUUGCUUGCAGAGGAUUCUAUCAUUCGACUACAACCCCAAGCUUAUAUAUUGACAUGCGAGUUUGAUGUGCUGCGUGAUGAUGGACUGCUGUAUAAAAAGAGACUUGAAGAUAAUGGAGUUCCUGUGACCUGGUACCAUGUUAAAGAUGGAUUUCAUGGGAUUGUGAGUUUCUUUGACAAUGGGAACCUUUCAUUUCCUUCUGGGAAACUUGCAAUUGAAAGCAUCGCUAGUUAUAUUAAAAAUGCUUAAGAUCUGACUCUCCAACGCUGCAGUUCUAGAACCCGUUCAGUUGUUUCAAUUGUUGAUGUGAUAAAUCCUGUGAAAGCCUUUGAAAUAACGUUUAAAUACAUAUGUUUUCCACCUC